GUCUCCGAAUAGCAAGCGUGAGCAAGCGUGUGAAAAUCAGCAGAAUGGACUUGGACGACAACGCGAAAGGCUUGCUGGGAGAUGAUAGGACUCCGGUCAGAGCAGACGCGGAGCCCGGCGAGACCGUCGAAGUGAUUCUGUCGGACGGUACUCGCAGAUCUAUAUCGAAAGAAGCUCUAUAUCUCAGUCCCGUCAUUCGCAACGCUUUAGCGUUCUCAAGUACAUCCCCUGGGACAACCGAGUCGAUUCCUCUGGACGAAGAUCCCGUCCCGAUGGGACACCUACUGGAUCUCGUGGCCGCUCUUUGGUCACCAUGGAAUGAGAGCGUUUUCGAGCUGUUCCCGCCGAGUGAACAUGCAGAUGCCGUAUACAAACUAGCGGACAAGUACGACAUCGUGGGACCCGUAUGUUACACCGCUGCGUUCAAAAUUCAUCAACGUAUGCAUGGCUCGGACGAGCUGCACUUUGACUGCUUAAAAUGGGCCGUGACCACCGGGGACCUCCGUCUAGCAAAGUAUGUGUUGAAUCAUGCGGAAAUGUUCAAUCCCAUCGAUUGGGAUCGCAAGCAAAUAGAGAUCCUGGGAUGGGCGAGGUGGUACACUCUCAUGAUGUCUUAUCGCGAGGCCAUCCGUCUUCGCACCACUUCCCCUUGGACAGUCGUCGCAAAGUCCAUGAGUUGGGAAUCUUUUUUCGAAAAGUAACUUGCACAUCAGGGCGUGGCAAACUCUCAGCGAAGGAUCGCACGGAUCGAUGAGAGGCGUGCUGCAGUGCCAAUGGUAGAGAAAUGCCUUAAUCGAUACCAAGCCUUAUAUAAAGUAUCAUGGUUACAGUACUGCAUUUAUCUUGCC